UUAGUGCGAGGAAAAAGUGAAGUGAAAGCCCGCGUAGGAUGUCCAUCGGCGAUCGUGGAUUUCGGAGCGUGUGACGCGCUCGUCGACAUGAGACGCCGCUGGUCCAACAACGGAGGCUUCCAGACGCUGCGAAUGCUCGAGGAGAGCUCGUCCGAAGUGACGUCGUCUUCCGCUCUGGGUCUGCCGCCGGCUAUGGUGAUGUCUCCGGAAUCGCUCGCGUCCCCCGAGUACGGCGGGCUCGAGCUAUGGGGUUACGACGAUGGCAUGACAUACAACACGGCCCAAUCUUUACUUGGGAACACAUGUACGAUACAGCAACAGCAACAGACGCAGCCUCUUCCCUCGAUGCCGCUGCCGAUGCCGCCGACGACGCCAAAAUCGGAGAACGAAUCCAUUUCAUCAGGUCGCGAGGAGCUGUCGCCGGCGUCCAGUAUAAACGGGUGCAGUACAGAUGGGGAUGCGCGAAGGCAGAAAAAGGGCCCGGCGCCGCGGCAGCAGGAAGAGCUUUGCUUGGUUUGCGGAGACAGAGCCUCCGGAUACCACUACAAUGCGCUCACAUGUGAAGGGUGUAAAGGUUUCUUCAGGCGGAGUGUCACCAAAAACGCUGUAUACAUUUGCAAAUUCGGUCACUCGUGUGAAAUGGACAUGUAUAUGCGACGGAAAUGCCAAGAGUGUCGUCUAAAGAAGUGCCUAGGAGUCGGCAUGAGGCCAGAGUGCGUGGUGCCCGAGAACCAGUGCGCGAUAAAAAGGAAAGAGAAGAAAGCUCAGAGAGAGAAGGAUAAACUGCCGGUCAGUACGACGACGGUUGACGACCACAUGCCGCCCAUUAUGCAGUGUGAUCCCCCGCCGCCGGAGGCAGCUAGAAUUCACGAAGUGGUGCCGCGGUUCCUGUCCGACAAGCUCCUGGAGCAGAACCGGCUGAAGAACAUCCCCCCGCUCACCCCCAACCAGCAGUUCCUCAUCGCCAGGCUGGUGUGGUACCAGGACGGGUACGAGCAGCCUUCUGAAGAGGAUCUCAAGAGGGUUACGCAGACGUGGCAGCAAGCAGACGACGAGGAGGAAGAGAACGACGCGCCGUUCCGACAGAUCACCGAGAUGACGAUCCUCACCGUUCAGCUCAUCGUGGAGUUCGCCAAGGGCCUCCCGGGCUUCGCCAAGAUCUCGCAGCCUGAUCAAAUCACGCUGCUAAAGGCCUGUUCAAGCGAGGUGAUGAUGCUCCGAGUGGCGCGGCGAUACGACGCGGCCACCGACAGCGUGCUGUUCGCCAACAACCAGGCGUACACCCGCGACAACUACCGCAAGGCCGGCAUGGCGUACGUCAUCGAGGACUUGCUUCACUUCUGCCGGUGCAUGUAUUCCAUGCAGAUGGACAACGUCCACUACGCGUUGCUUACGGCGGUCGUCAUAUUCUCAGACCGGCCCGGUCUAGAGCAGCCGCAGUUGGUGGAGGAGAUCCAGCGGUACUACCUGAACACGCUGCGCAUGUACAUCCUGAACCAGACGGGCGGCUCCCCGCGCACGUCCGUGGUGUACGGCAAGAUCCUCUCCAUCCUCUCCGAGCUGCGCACCCUGGGCACGCAGAACUCCAACAUGUGCAUCUCGCUGAAGCUCAAGAACAGGAAGCUGCCGCCGUUCCUCGAGGAGAUCUGGGACGUGGCGGACGUGUCCACGACGCAGGCGGCGCCCGUCCUGGAGUCGUCGGCGCUCUAGCAACCCUCGCCACGCUCGCCGGCCGGCCGCGGCCUGCUGUAGCCUGCAGCCUGCCUGUAGCCUGCCUGCAGCCUGCGGCCGGCGAACACUCGGAGAGAACGCUAAUAGACUGGCUAGUUUUAGUGAAGUGACACGGACACUUAGUCGGACGUGAUGAUUGUAUUUAUAAGGAUUGUGCAAAUUUUAACACUUAAGAAGGGCGCGAGCGCCCCAUUUCGUACGUAUUCGGUGACCGACGACGAACAUGUGCGGGAGAUUAGUGAAUAUAUGUGUUGUUGAACGUUUGGAGAAUAUAUAUUUAGUGUUGAUCGUUGGGCGGAGUCGUUCCGAGCCCGGGCGAGUCGGUCACUCGGAUACGACUGUAUGAUAAGACUACGUCAAUAAGUACACCUCCUAAAAUAAUCAUACGUACAUACACUACGAGAGUUUAUAGAGAAAAAAAGUAAUAUAUGAAGAAUGUUUCUAUUGGAUGAAAAGAUAAAUAAUUAUGUUUAUUUACCAAAAUUAACGAUGCGUUGGUUGACCUUUUCGAUCGAUAUAUAUCUGGACGGGCCCUCGGCCCGGUUGUACAUAGUAUACGUCUGACGCAUUAUCGUGUCCGGUUUCGUUCCGAUUCGAGUUCCGUUGUCCUGUCCCGCGUCCCCUACACGAGUAAUUAUAAUUUAUUGCUGUGAUUACAUUUAUAACAUGUUAAACUUACUUAGGCGAAAAUAAGUGUGUCUUAUUACAUAUAUAAAAAUUCUACUGCCGUCGGUUGCUUUCUUAAAAGCAUUAAGAGUCUCUCGUCUCUCUGUUUAGGUACUUUUGUAAUAAAUAACGAUAUACACUUGGUUCAUGUUCGCAGCGAGCACCGAACUGCGAAGCUAGUCGCUUCCUUCGGAGCCUAGACCACAGUACAACGUUCUCACUCGUAACACCUCAAUAAUUAGGGAUAAAACAUCAUUAUUAAUGUAGUAUUUUCACUGCGAUAAGCAUUUUACAAUUAUUUUGCUUAAGAAAUCUGUAGUGCCUAAAACGAAAUAAUGUGUCGUAUUUAUUUUAAAUUUAGAAUUAUAGAGGCAGGUUUGGCUAUCGAUUCCCAGUUUUCUUAAUUUUUUGUUUACUUAAAUAAAUACAUAAAUUAUCUUCUACUUAUUAGUUGACACAUGGCGUUGCGUGCAUGCAUAAAGGCAGCUGUUAUGUAGGUUCGAAAUUGUAUAGAAAGUAUAGAAAGGUAGCGCCCUUAAAUGUUCUCCAAAAUAAAUUAUUACGUUCGCUUAGCUACGUUCCUUCACCACUAACACAAAAAAGUACAAAAUGGCAGCUUAUUUAACAUGUUAGUUUGAAAAUAAGUGAACUUUUGGCCGAGCUUACUCUAUGGGAACAAUAUAAGGUAGACGAGAUAUGUCGUCAUGCACGCAGCGAUACGUGAAGUACAUACAACCUAACCUGCCUCUAUAUCUAUACUCUAUAUCUUUAGGUAUUUAAAUAAAAGAAAACAAGCAAUUUGUAAAUUUUCGGGUAGUUAUUACAGUUAUUGGUUAACCAACCAAAUACAAAACCGCCUGGAUCCGUCACUUAACGACCUGACUUUAACGUACAUUAUUUGAUCAUGUAAUGGCUUAAAGAGCCAUUUGAGGGUAAAUUUUGGUUUACUUUUAUUUAAAUACCUAAAGAUACAGACUAUAGCUGAACUAAUGUAACAUCUGUACAGUCAUCACUUCACCGAAGCAUGUUCUAAGUACUCGAUCAACAAGAUACUGCCCGUAUUCUAGCUACAUCCAAAAGAAAUGCCUUAUUUUGCGGUACCUGUAUUGCGUACCUACAUUGUUGAUGAAUGAAAUCAUAGUAUAUAGAGAAUAAAAAAGUAAUAGAUCUCAAUUACACAUAAGCGUUGUUCAUACUUUAGGCAUUUUCUCGUCGUUUUCUGGGCAUUCUUAUUUUUAUCAGAGGGGCAAGCGUGGUCGCUUUUGUUUCCCACAUAAAGUAAACGUCCCUUACUAACGAGUAUGCAAAAGUGAGGACGAAUUUUUUAAGUGAGACAUAAAUGCGAUCAUGCUAUAAUAAUCGUUUAGUGCAGGUUUUUGGUAGCUGAAUGUACAUGUUCUUUGAAUACAGUGUCCGUCUCUUAACAUGUUUGCAAGUGUUAGUAUAGUUCGAUUUCAUUCAUAGUGUUCACACAACAUUCAUAUCAUCGUCGAACACCAAACAACAUAACGAGUACAUAAUGCGUUAUAAUAAUGUUAGUGUCUCUAGGUGCGUGUUGAUUGUGUCUUCUUUACUAAUGAGUAUGCCACUGUGUCGUGAGUCUACAUUACACGUAUGCCUGGGAUUUGGAAAAGCAUUUCUAAUAUACGUACGAGUAUGAUGUGAAGUUGCAUGACGAUCGGGCUUGCACCGCGGGCCAAGCGCUAGUCGCUUCCAUUCGAUUUCUGUUCUAGUAGUAGGCGAUUCCUAAUAAAAACGAAGCACAAAUGUUUAUUGGAGUGUCUUAGGUGUCUCUAAGGCGUAAUUGAUAACGAACACACUGCCAUUGUAAUCGUAUGUUGGUGCGGUAUUGUAUGCGUGAGUUCAUUAGCAGGUUUUCUAUUGGAUUUUCAGUUGUUGUGAAAUGUUAUAUAAAAGACAGUCAUUGACUACCUUUACGCUAUACGAUGCCUUAUGAAGGCGCGGGCGGGUCGCCGCAUCUCCAGUCUAGAUGCAGCCUGAGAGUCUACCGCGAAAAUCGUAUAUCGAAGGCCGCUUUCCCACUGACGUCCAGUUUUUUGCAGGAACCCGUUUUAGUGGUAUAGGUGCUAUUAUAGUAACUUUCACACGAGGAUUUUGUUUGCGGGAUCAUGCAUGCAUACUACAGAAAACUGGAUCCUGCAAAAAACCGUACCCGCAAAAAACUGGACGUCAGUGGGAAACAGCUUGAAGUUUCCUUAUCUACCUCUAUAUCGCUCGAAUUUGCAAUAUUGAUAGAGAGGCAGAUAACGAAAUUUCGAUUUUCGCGGUAGGCCCUCUGAGGUGAAGCGACGGCUCGCCCUCGAGCUAAGUUUGUGACAAAUAUAACUGCCAUUCGUUAAGUAAUAGUUAUACAUACAUGGUUCGAUUCGACGCGUAGUCACAUAACUGAUAGCUUCGUAGUUUGCGGCUUCGUCGGUGCACAGCCGGUCGUAUUUGAUACAUAUUAUUCGAUUUCUAAAUUGUAAUAGAUUUAUUAAGUAUGUAAUAAUGUUACAUGAAAAGUAAUAAGUAAUGAGAUACCCUAAUAUAAUUUGUGUCUUAGCUGGUAAAAAAUAUAAGUAUGAAAAUAAGUUUGUAUCGCUUAUUGGGAUAAUAAUGUAAAAGUGAGACGAAACACAAGCAUGGAUACAUUUCGAGCGACAAAGUCGCAGCAAGUACAGUACCUAUAGAUAGAGGGUUAAACGCGCCCAUGGACGAUGUCCGCUUACCAUCAGACGGAUCGCAUACCUGUUUGCCACCAUGGUGGUUACAGUGCAGGGGGUAGGUUGGGAGACGAGGACGACAAGACUGGGCGAGGGAGCAGGAUGGAUUAUUCAACCUGUUGCACUUCAUUGCCUUUCUGGAUCUAUUUAGUUUGACAGUAAAUAUGUAUGAGUAGGUAUCAGUGACCAAGCUUGGCACAUCCAGUCUAUUACAAAGUGAGGACUAUAAUGUUGGGGAGUCUACGUCCUUUCCAUUGAAAUGUUGUACAUAGGUACCUUUAGAUUCUAUCGUCAUAUGUUUGACAUAUGUUUAAUUUUAUUCAUCUAAGAAAGUACAGAUGGCUGUUGUUAUUUUUAUAUAAUUUGGGUAGAAGUAUAUUUUUUGUAAAUGACCUCUGUAUUUAUCUUUUGUAAGCUUUGUAAGCCAUAGGGACUUAGAUAAGUGAACGAGCUACGAACAUUGUGAUUGCAAAUUUUUUUAAUUUGUAUCCACGGCGAUAUUUUUGUUCUACGUGAAUAAUUAUAAUUUCCAAUUCGACGGAUUUUUUCUUAAUAAUUUUUGUUACUUCAGAGUGCAAUAUGUACAAAUAUUUACAUGUUAAAUAUAAUGUACAGUCAAUUUUUAGUUUUAAUGUGUCAACGCAAUAUCGCUGAGCAUUAUUGAAUGCCACGGGCCGCAUAAUAAACUACCUAUCACAAGUGGGUGCGAUGUGCAACUCUCACUGUUGUGUUUGUCUAACUUAAGUGAUUAAUUUUAUAUAGAUGGACUAGGUGAUCUUUGUAUUUAAAUUUGCUAAUUUUUGGUAGCAGAUUAGAUUUGUUUACUUGUAUAAGAUGAAUAAUGUACAUUUUGAAUUGAUUUUAAAGUGAUUUAGUUGUUAUUUAGUAACGAAUUGUCUUAUUAGGUGUAACUGGCAGCCUCGUGGACGGGCUCGAGUCCACUGAUACCAGUGUGAUUGUGCAAUGUCGUUUAGAACAAUUGGGUACUAACAGCAACACACUUGGCCGACCGUGAGUAAACCUUACCUCCUUGGUUUAAGAAUGGUCAGUUAACUGUGUCGACGAUGGUACCUCGGCCGGCGGACACGGUCGACCAAUAGCGAAUUAGGUGAGUGUAACAACUCGGCCUACCCUGACAAAAGUGCGUCCUCGCGCGACCGCGGCCGCUCGCCGCAGCUAAGGCCACUCUUCAACACACUUCUAGUGCCACGUCGAACGAUAUGUGAAGGCUGAUAGUAAACGAUAAGGGCCCAUUCCGUGUUCAUCGAAACACAAUUUCGUAUUUUAUUUCGUAUCUUACUGUCCGCAAUAAUUACUCUUUUCCUCGUUAUUACUUUGCCUUAGUAAUUGUUUACCCUCUGUUUUGUAUGAUUUAACUGAAGUGGUGGAGCGAAUUAGAUAUAGGGAACAGACAUGACGAUAUGUUAAAUUUUAGAGAGUCAACUUUUAUAAAAGAUAAUAACUACAAAACAAACCAAGAAAAGGUGUGUACAAAAUGAGGAAAUUUGUAUGAAACAUUGUUAUGCGAAUAAACUUACACCUCAAGAUAAAUAUAUUAAAAAUUAUAAAAAAUA